GUCUAAGUAAUUCCCGUAAGACACUUGGUUCCGAAGAAGAUUCCGCAGCGUCCGUUCGUCCAGUGGGUCCAAAAAAUGUAAAUGUAUGUAAAGUAAGUGGACGGACCAUGGGAUGACUAUUUUUUUCCCGUAAAAAUUCAGGAGGCAGCAUGACAACGGUGUCCACCCGAUUGCUGUUGUGUCACAGGCUAAUAGGACAGCCGUCAAGCCAGGGGUGACACUUAUCGUGGGUGCACAGGACACGCACACCUUUAGUUGUACAUAAACCACCCAACCAUUUCGCUCUUGCAAUCCCUGCCCACCUUUUAGCCCUGUUCAAUGAUACAUUCUUUCGGCCUGGAUCCACUAGCAUCGAUCCUCGCACCUCCCCCCAACGAAACCCCCCAGCAACGGGCGGCCAGGGAGCGUGCGGAGGCAGAGGCGCGCAAGAUCAGCGAAGCCAUUGAUGAACAAAUCCGCCAGGAAAGAAUGGCACUCAGAAAAAAGGGUCCCGUGAAAGUCCUUCUCCUGGGCCAAAGCGAGAGCGGAAAAUCAUCUACGAUAAAGAAUUUCCAGCUUCAUUACGCACGAGAUCAAUGGAUGGCGGAGCGCCUAUCCUGGCGAACCGUCAUCUACCUCAAUCUCGUCCGAAAUGUUGUAGAGGUUCUGGAUCUGUUGGUCCAAGCAAUGGAAGCAAACAGUGGGAGGCGCUCAACAUCAUCCGCCAACACCCCAGACUCCGACAGAGAACGUCGUUCUCAAUCUUCAACCACCAAGUUCCCAGACAAGUAUUCUUUGCUGAAGCUUCGUUUGGCACCGUUGCGAAGCGUCCUUACAGAUCUCGAAAGACGUGUUGGCCCCGGAUCACAGGAAGCCUACUCGUCAUCGUCAACAAGCCCAACUUCGGGGAAGCGCAUGCCAUUCGGACGAGAGGGCGGCGGUGGAGUGGGGAAUAUCGGCUCAAGUAAUAAUGGAUGGAAGUCAUCGGGUAAGGGCCGACCGUCGACACGAGAGGGGCGGAAUAGCUCGCUCCAAAUGCGAAAGGGCGACCACGACGAAAUUACAGAUAUCCUUCUGGCUUGCAAAGAAGACAUGAAAAGCUUGUGGGAGGACCCAUUGGUACAGGAGAUCUUGAGCCAGAGGAGAGUGAGGAUUGAAGACUCGUCCGGUUUCUUUUUGAAUGACAUCGACCGCAUCGUUUCGCGGGAUUACGAACCUUCGGAUGACGAUGUUGUUCGGGCCCGCUUGCGUAGCGUAGGUGUUCAGGAACACAAGUUUACCGUGGAUGCAGAUCAGGGAAGGGAAUGGAUCAUGUACGAUCUUGAAGGCACGAGAUCAUCGCGCGCGUCGUGGGUACCAUUCUUUGACGACAUGAACGCCAUCAUAUUCCUCGCCCCAAUAUCAUGUUUCGACGAACAAUUACGAGAGGAUCGGAACGUCAACCGCUUAGAAGAUAGUCUCCAACUGUGGCGCACCGUUUGCUCUUCCCGCAUACUCGCCAAGACGCAGAUCAUACUCUUCCUCAACAAGUGCGAUAUUUUCCGCAAUAAGCUGCAGCGCGGGGUGUUAGUGAAGACCUACGUCCCCAGUUUUGGCGAUCGUCAAAAUGACGCGGCCACCGCAAUGAAGUAUUUCCAGCACCACUUUAGGGAAAUCUUCAAAAGCUGCUCUCCGGAACCACGGCCUUUCUUUGUAUAUUUCACAUCGGUAAUAGAUACUCAGGCAACUGCGGCUACGUUGGCCAUGGUGCAAGACAGCGUCCUUCGUCAGAAUUUGCAAACUGCGAGACUCGUAUAAACCACGUCGAACUUGCCACUUCCCCCCGUGCAUAAUAAAUCAGUAUUAAUCCGAUGUUGACAACCAUAUAUGUACACUUUUUAAACACU